CCUCAACAAAUACCGAUAAUACCCUGACCACGAUCAACGAUUGAGCACAUGUCGUCCCAUACCACCCUGCAAAAACUCCGUAUUGCCAAUGUUGCCCAACCUUCACAUGUCAGACAACUGCAUUUGAUUUUCAUUCUAGGCGGAAUUUUAACAAUGCUGAUCGAAUUUUCCGUCGAGACCGGCCCUGACUAGACUGAGAGACUAAUCCGUAUCCAUCGAUGAAGUGCCAUUCUUCGAGAUCAUGCGGCCACUGGUGUCAUGAACAUUGGAAAGAGGAAGCUCUCAAGUUUCGGGAUCACCAUGAUAUGGAGAACCUGGGUGGGGGCAGCUAACAAUAUCUCCGGCGGCAGAGCGGGCGAAUCCCGAGCGUCUGAUUAUGGGGAAGCAUAUAUAGUCCAAUCAAUCCGGGUGGGAUCAUGAACAACGAGAAUUCGCUGCAACCAAAUUCGUCGUCGCCGCCAAGAUGAAGUUCCUCUCCCUCCUCGCCUUGCCUUUGGCAUUGGCCUUGCCCGUCGAGGAUAUUCCUCAGGGUCCCGCUCCUCCAAUGCUGGGUACUCUUGUUGAACCUGCACCUGAGCUCCAGGCAAGAUAUGCAACCCCAACAGUCGUCAUCCCAUUUCCGCAGGCAACAAUUGUUGGCCUCGGAGGUGCAGACGUUGAGAAAUUCCCUGGAAUCCCGUUCGCCAAACCUCCUGUCGGCGACUUGCGCUUGAAGUCCCCGCAACCUCUCACCGAGCCCCUGGGAACUUACCGAGCAACCAAGAACCAGGCCGCCUGCCCGCAGUUUUUCUUCUCGGACGCCCUUGAUGAUUCCAUCCCCACCUCGGUCAUCGGCCAAAUUUUCAACUCGCCCUUUGUCCAGAAGAUUACACAACAGAGCGAAGACUGCCUCUAUCUGAACGUGCAUCGUCCAGCUGGCGUCGCCGCCGAUGCGAAACUCCCAGUGCUCUUUUGGAUGUUUGGCGGCGGCUUCGAGCUUGGCUGGAACACCAUGUACGAUGGAUCUCCAUGGGUCAAGUCCUCUAUUGAGCAGGGCAAGCCCAUGAUUUUCAUCACUGUCAACUACCGUAUCGGAGGAUUCGGAUUCCUGCCAGGUGCUGAGAUUCUUAAAGACGGAUCCUCCAAUCUCGGCCUUAAGGACCAACGUUUGGGACUCCAAUGGGUUGCUGACAACAUUGCCUCUUUUGGUGGUGACCCUGACAAGGUAACCAUCUGGGGUGAGUCUGCUGGCGCCAUCUCGGUUUUCGACCAGAUGGUCAUCAACGAUGGUGACCACACCUACAAGGGAAAGCCCCUUUUCCGCGCUGGCAUUAUGAACUCUGGUUCAGUCAUCCCCGCCGAUCCCGUCGACUGCCCCAAGGGUCAAGUCGUCUACGACACUGUUGUUGAAGCUGCUGGCUGUAAGGGCGCGGCGGAUACCCUCGCCUGCCUCCGCGAUGUUCCAUACGAAACAUACCUCAAUGCAGCGAACUCUGUGCCGGGCUUACUGUCACACACUUCCGUGGCGCUAUCAUACCUGCCUCGCCCCGACGGCGUCUUCCUGACCCAGUCUCCUGAUGUCCUUGUUAUGAGCGGCAAAUACGCGAAGGUCCCCUUCAUCGUUGGCGAUCAAGAAGACGAAGGCACUCUGUUCGCCCUGUUCCAGAGCUACAUUAAGACCCCAGCGGACAUAGUUAAGUACCUUACGACGCUCUUCUUCCACCACUCCACCGAUGCUCAGGUAUCGGAGCUCAUCCAAACAUACCCCAUCGGCUUGCUAAACGGUUCCCCCUUCCGCACCGGCAUCUUGAACAACUGGUACCCCGAAUUUAAGCGCCUGGCCGCCAUCCUCGGUGACCUUACAUUCACACUCUCCCGUCGUGUCAUGCUCCUUGGCACUAGCACUAUGGCGCCUGAUGUGCCAUCUUGGUCCUAUCUGUCCAGCUACGACUACGGCACCCCGGUCAUGGGUACCUUCCAUGGCAGCGAUCUGAUCCAAGUCUUCUUCGGCAUCUACCCCAACUACGCCGCCGCAUCCUUCCGCGCCUACUACCUCUCCUUCGUGGCUACCAUGGACCCGAAUAAUGGCACCAACCCCAAGUACCGCAAGUGGCCGCAGUGGAAGGACGGCAACCAGCUCCUGAACACUUACGCGACCUACAGUAAGCUCAUCAAGGAUGACUUCCGCAGCAAGACGUCCGACUUUCUUGUCAAGAACAUCAAGAGUUUUUACAUCUAAGUCCUCGGUGGCUGGAUUGCGAUUACUUCUUGAAUGAAACAGGGAAGGGAACGCCCGAUAGGAAAUGAAUUGAAACCCCAAGCCAUCAUUCUUGGGCAUGUUAUAUAUCAAGCUAGGCGUUGUAGGUAAAGCGACAAUAUAAUAUUAACUUAUGUCAAAACUGCUGGGUUAUUUAGCUGUAACGUAUUUCACAGCGAAGCGAUCACCAAAACACCAAAACGCGUCAACUUGAUAAAAGUCAACAUGCUGCAACCAACACAAGCUAAACCCUCUAAUCAGGAGGGUAGAAUACUUCUAGCUAUCCAAUCAAUUAAGGAAGGGCAUAUUCAAAGUAUUCGAGCAGGCACAAUGUCGUAUGAUGUCCUGUAUACAGCUCUCUAUAGCGGUUGAAUGGAAAGGCUCCUCGACGUGACUCUACCCCUAACUCACAAAAAUUAACUCCGUACGAAAAGAGUCGGCUCUCGUUCAAUACAGUAGAGUCCCGCUAAGCCGAUGCUCAGUAAGGCAAUGUUCGCGAUAGUGCGAUAUUUUUUCUCGUCCAGAUUCAAAACACGUACAACAACCAAUAUCCAUGAUAUUGCUCUGUUACCACCUAAAUAUCGCCUUAUCCGAUAUUCUAGUGGACCAUUUGGCUAUGCCUCGAAAUAAGCC